CCAAUACCUAUCCAUUCCAACAGACCAGACUCACCUGCUGAGCGCUGCUGAGCUGUUCGAGCUCCACCAGGGCAGGGUUUCAGCAAGCUAGCCUUCCGAGGAUUGGCUCCUAUUGAACUACGGGCUCGCGUUCCUUUUUGGGGCUGCAUGAUGCGCCAAGCAAGCUUGAUCUGGCUCGCGUCCGGCGUCCCCUCCGUUUGCAGCUCCGUGUACGGCGCAUGUUUUGUUAUGAUGACCCUUAUUGAUUGGGCAGCCGGCCUACCUGAGGCACCUGAUGCAUCUGAUGCAUACACCCUUCUCAGGCAUACCUAGGUACAUUAAUUGGAGACUUCCAGACCUCCAGACCGAUUCUCUUAUCCAUUGGCAUGGAGUGUUGAGGAUUCGAGAAUGCUGUGCCUCUUGGCUGCCUAGGAAAUCUUGGCAUCGAUAGAAGUAUGGGCCCAAGACAAUAGUAAGAAGUCGCUCACGCAUCGGCCGCUAUGCUUUCACCAUCCUGGUGUGAGAAUUUUUCUUCGGCUGCUGGAUGAAGGUUGGCCCUAUUGCAGACGUCGCCGUGUAACAAUUUCCAGCUGUUGAAAAGGGAUG